AUAAAUUUUUAACGGCUAAACCGUUUAAGUGCCACCUUCAAAGUAAGCGCAUAUAAUUUCUUUAUUGUUUACAAAAUUCUAUUAGAAAUAUUUUUAUAUUUAUUAUAGCAUGCUGCUAAUCCGUACAAAGUAAUUAUUUACUAUGAGUCAUUCUUUGGUAUUGUGCAACAACCUUGGACUCAAACCUGACACAAUUUUUCUGAGAAUACCCUUUUAUUAGUUCAUUAGCUUGAAAUGUAGCGUAUUUGUAUGUGGAAAGCUUCCGCUUAUAAAAUAAUUAAAGAAGCAGUAAGGAAGUUCGGGUCUAACGGAACAUGUUAUACUCUAACAAUUUAUACUAUAAUGCAUAUGCGGCAUAAAGUCUACUAGAGUAAUGGAAAUCAUUAUAUAUAUUUCGAUUUAAUCGACCAGUGCUUGACCCUAGAGACAUCUAUUGGAAAACUGCGGAAAGUUGUAGACCUAAUAUGAAAGCUGAGAUAAUUCCUGGACCGAUUUCAACUAUUUUUGUCAUUGGGAUAUAAAAUAACCAAAAUUAUACGUUCAUCUAAUUUUGUUAUGGUAUCUCACAUAUAUAUUAAUACAUAAAUACUGUAUAAACUGUAUAAACCGGAAGGCCCUAGUCACAUACUAGGGGCUAGAGGAUGUUCCAACCCGAUUUUGCACAUUUUUGGGACACUAUUAUAAGAAACACACUCCUUUUGAAUUUCCUUAGAAAAUCUGAGAGAUUUGCACUAAAAUUUUCAUGUUCGAUAUCUGGGGUAUAGAAACGUUAUAGUCCGAUUUUUAGACAGGCGAUGCCACAAAUGUACUAUUUGUACAAAGUUCUGUACCGAUAUCUUCAUUAGUGCUUAAUUUAUAUAUUGUAAAAGGAACGAUCCAGGUGGACUUCGAAAUGUUGAUAUAUGGGAAGUAGGCAUGGUUGUGAACCGAUUUAGCACAUUUUCAAAUGACACCACUGGGAUACCACUAAAAUUUCGUUGGAAUUAGUCGAGUAGUUCUUGCGAUAUGGUUUUUGACCCAUAAGUUGGCAGCCCCACGCCCAUCGUUUUUGUUUACUAAUCUUAGUGCAGCUUUCCUGAACGAACUUUAUGACUAUAUACGAAAAAUAAGGUUUCUGGUGGUUUUUCUUACUGAAUUAAAAAAUUUAGUUUUUAUUCUUCUACAUAACCGGUGUAGUUAUAAUCCGAUUUCUUCUAUUUUAUUAGACUGUAUAGGGAGAGAGUUUGGUUGAUAUAUCUUUAGUAGUUUACGAGAUAUGUAUAAAAAACUUAGUAGGGGGAGAGCCACGCCCACUUUCCCAAAAAUUACAUCCAAAUAUGCUUCGUCCUACUGUAGUACCAAAUUUUUCUUUCAUAUCUUUGUUUAUCGUUUAGUUAUAGCUUUUUAUGGGUUUUUAGGAAUUGACUUCGGUUAUCGCAAUUUUGUGGACGUGGUCGAACUAGUGUAUCAAUUUUCAACUCAACUCGUCACCCUGAUGUUGGUAUAUAUAACUCUAUAUCUAACUCGUUUAGUUUUAGGAACGAAACUAUUACCCUCGAAACAUUUUGCGAGAGUAUAAAAAAAAUAAGAAAUAAUAUUAGGUGUUUGAAAAUUAAUUUAAAUGUUUUCAGUUUUAUUGCUCAUUUGUAUUUUUAGUAACAAUUCAAAGUAAAAAUGCUCGGUGUUCUUAAAAUCAUAACGAUAAAAUAAUCGCUAAUUUCAAGCCGUCUCCGGAUAUGUCAUUGAACGCAUGUUCUAACUUUCUCAGUAUAACCUCAAAUAUAAUUAAGACUUUACUCAGUGUGAUAUAUUGUAUAUCCGUGCUCGCAAAUGCCAAACAACAAAAACACACACCAAAUAUAUAAAAUAUAUGUAUAUACCAUGCUUUUUAGAUAUUUAAUCGACGCAAAUUACGUGGAAUUGUUGAAAGAGUGGAGUGGAAAUACUUUUUUUACUAUUUAACUACAAUUAAAAAACAUUAACAUAUCUAUUUAAAUCAGAAUUAUUGUAAUUAUAAAUCGAUAUAUAUUUUUUUUGGUUGACCAACGCAAUGAAACGCUUCACUAACGCAUAAAACAUUCAGUAGCAUUUAAAACUUUAUUGUGGAGAGUGCUGGUUUGGAGUCGCGCACUAAUUUAGGUACAUACACGCAGCAGAGUAACAAAAACUCGACUCAAAAAAAGAACCCAUUAAUAGAAAAUAAUAUUUAAUAACAUGGCAGCCAUUCGUCCUUUGAGCGCUGAAUUGCAGCAAAUCGCCAUUGAAGAGCUAAACGAGGUGCCCGAACGUGUGCCGCAGGAUAUAGCGGCAUUACGCGAUUGGAUCGAGAAGCAGCCGCAUUUGCGCGCACGCACCGACGAUCAAUUCUUGGUUAGCUUUUUGCGCGGCUGCAAGUACAGUUUGGAGAAGGCCAAGUCGAAAAUAGAUUAUUUCUAUACAAUACGCACAAUGUUGCCACAUUUGUUCGCCAAUAAUACGCUGGCCGAUCCGAAGAAUUUACUUAUUGCGCGUUCAGGCGGCAUCGUUGCGUUGCCAAACACAUUGGGUGUCGGUGGUCCAGUUAUCGGGUUUUCGCGUUAUAAAAUCAUAGAUGAUUUACCAAUCACCGUUAAGGAUUACUGCAGAUACCUCGCUAUGAUAACGGAUCGAACGAUUGUCGACACCGAUGCCUAUAUUGUAGGCGGUUAUAUGGAAAUUGUUGAUGUCGACAAAGUCGGCAUGAGCGCUAUGUCGAAAUUCGAUCCGGUUACAAGCAAACAAUUCAGCACCUACUGCAUAAAGGGCUCGGCUAUACGCAUUAAGGGUAUACAUAUCAUAAAUGCACCGAAAGAGGCCUACACCGCACUCAAUAUUAUACGCAAUCUCUUUCCGCCCAACAUAAAAGAAAGGUACUUCAUACACCGCAACAUGACAGAGUUGUAUAAAUAUGUGCCCAAGCAGUAUUUACCCAUUGAAUAUGGUGGCACUAAUGGUUCAGUCACCGAUUUGACAAAGAAACUGGAAGAGGAUUUGCAGCACUUCAAUUACUAUUUUAAGGAGAAUGAUAAAUAUGGCGUUGAUGAAAAGCUAAGGCAUGGUCAACGCAUGGAUAUGAACUCUAUAUUCGGUUUAGAGGGCACAUUCCGUAAGCUCGAUAUUGAUUAGUUGAGGGAAAAAGUAAUAUUUGUGUUAGCAACAUGUUUUUGCAUUUUUUCGAAAAAUAAAAAGCUAAUAUUUAUUUAUUUAA